CUGUGGCAUUCACUACGUUAACCGUUGCUCCAAAUUAACGGAACGAUGUCGGGAAAUCUAAAUGUUCUCGCUAUGCAGGAGGACGAUGUCAGCAAGAUGUUGGCCGCUACUACCCAUAUUGGAAGCACCUCGGUGAACUUCCAGAUGGAGCAGUACGUGUUCAAGCGUCGCUCGGAUGGUGUGCAUAUCAUCAACUUGGGUCGCACGUACGAGAAACUGCUGCUAGCUGCCCGUUGCAUCGCUAGCGUCGAGCACCCAGGAGAGAUCUUCGCUAUCUCGUCCCGUCCGUACGGCCAGCGCGCCGUAUUGAAGUUCGCCCAUUACACCGAGGCAACGCCGAUUGCUGGUCGCUUCACGCCCGGUGCCUUCACUAACCAGGUCCAGACGGCGUUCCGCGAACCCCGCAUGUUGAUCGUCACCGAUCCGCUGACCGAUCAUCAGCCCGUGACGGAGGCAUCCUACGUCAACAUUCCGGUCAUUGCGUUCUGUAACACCGACUCGCCGAUCAAGUUCGUCGACAUCGUCAUCCCGUGCAACACCAAGUCGACGCACUCGAUCGGACUGAUGUGGUGGAUGCUGGCCCGCGAGGUGUUGCGUCUGCGCGGCAAGAUCCCGCAGGAUCGCUGGGAGAUCAUGCCCGAUCUGUUCUUCUUCCGCGAUCCGGAGGAGGCCGAGAAGGAGCAGGCUGCCAUCGAAGCCUCUGUCCCGGUGAUGAAGGAAAUGCAGGAGGAACCGGUUGUCGCCGACGAGCAGGCUACCUGGAACGAGGAAGCACCAUCCACCAUGGUGAUGCCACAGACUAUGAAGCCGCUUGUGGCCGGCGGUCAGGCUGACGACUGGAACGAGGAAGAUACGUCCGCCCCAGCUGCCGGUACCGUUACGUGGGGAGGUUCCGGUGGGUUCUAAUGUGGAGCCGUAGGUACGGCAAUCUUGUCGGAUCCGGUGGACGCACGGUCGGUCGCUAUCUCCAAUGCAUUGCUGUCCGCGCGGCGUGAGUUCGAAAGGAAACACUGUUCAAACUCUUUCGAUAAAAUUAUAAA